CCCUUCUACCAGGAAGCAGAGUGACACCCCCCCUCCUCGGUGAGAAAAGGGGGGGCUGCAACUGUGUAUCCCUCACCGUGACUCAUUCCCGACCGGUUGCAGGGAUAAAGGAAAGCUGUAAUUAGCUGCAUUUUUCAUUUCCCGCCGCUCAGAGGACGGACCGAGCGCGCACUCGUCUUUCCAUUCUUGCUGUCCCCUCCUCCGCCGUCUGCAGCCGCCGCUGCGCCUCCGUGGAGUUGGUCCACAACAAGAAUGUCACCCACUUCUGCCGGAGCUCAGCUCUAAGUAUCGACCGUCUCUGUGGGUUUUGUGGAUUUUUUUCUUUUUUUUUUUUUUUUACAACGAAGGGACACAGCUGAAGCUUUCUUCUUCGAACUGCCGGGAGAGGCUUCGCCAUUCAACAAGCUGGCAGCGAGGCGAUGGGCGCAGCGAGCCUCCUUCACGACCCGCAUCUCGGUCCCGGUCUAGCCCCGCUUGUUGAAUUCCCCCACCGGUGGCAGGCGAGGAUGGCUUCGCGUUAAGAAACUUAAGAAACCCCGACGGUUGUUGCUUCAGUCCGGGGCGUCGAGCUCUCCAUCUUUAAAGUUAAACAUGGCUCGUCCGGUUCUCAUCGCCAAGGCGGGUUCUCUGUGGGGACUGUUUUGCUUAAUGCGGACUCUGCUGGAUCUGGCGUCGGCUCAGGAGACAUACGCGCCGCAUUCGAUACGGACCGAGGGCCACUUGACUCUCGGCGGACUUUUCCCCGUCCACGCCAGGGGGGCGGACGGCGCGCCGUGCGGGGACCUGAAAAAGGAGAACGGCAUCCAGCGACUCGAAGCCAUGAUGUACGCUUUGGACCAGAUCAACCAGGACGAGCAACUCUUGCCCAACAUCACCCUCGGCGCCCGGGUGCUGGACACUUGUUCCAGGGAUACCUAUGCGCUGGAGCAGUCGCUAACUUUCGUCCAGGCCCUCAUCACCAAGGACACCUCGGAUGUGAGGUGCACCAACGGGGAGCCGCCGGUCUUCGUCAAGCCCGAAAAAGUGGUCGGAGUCAUCGGAGCCUCGGCGAGUUCGGUGUCAAUCAUGGUUGCCAACAUCCUCCGCCUCUUCCAGAUCCCGCAGAUCAGCUACGCGUCCACCGCACCCGAGCUGAGUGACGACCGACGCUAUGACUUCUUCUCAAGAGUGGUUCCUCCAGACUCCUUUCAGGCCCAGGCCAUGGUGGACAUAAUUCGAGCGCUGGGUUGGAGCUACGUCUCUACCGUUGCCUCGGAAGGCAGCUAUGGAGAAAAAGGAGUGGAGGCCUUCACGCAACUCUCCAAAGAAGCAGGUGGAAUCUGCAUCUCCCAGUCUUUGAAAAUUCCCCACAACCCCAAGCUUGAGGAUUAUGACAAAGCCAUCCAACAACUACUGGAAACCCAGCACUCCAGGGCAGUCAUCAUCUUUGCCAACGAAGAAGACAUACGGGGAGUUCUGAAUGCCACUAAGAGGGCCAAUCACGUGGGCCAUUUCCUGUGGAUUGGAUCUGACAGCUGGGGGGCCAAAAGCAGCCCCAUCCACCAGCUCGAGGACGUAGCAGUGGGAGCCAUUACUAUACUGCCCAAGCGCUCCUCUAUUAAAGGGUUUGAUGAGUACUUCACUGCACUCACGCUGGAGAACAAUCGUAGGAACGUUUGGUUUGCUGAAUUCUGGGAGGAGAACUUUAACUGCAGGCUUCUCAGUGCAUCCAAGAAAGAAGACACCACUCGUAAAUGCACAGGCCAAGAGCGCAUCGGGAUCGACUCCAAGUAUGAGCAGGAAGGGAAAGUGCAGUUUGUGAUUGAUGCUGUGUACGCCAUGGCCCACGCGCUACACAACAUUCAGAGGGACCAGUGUCCCGACCAUCCUGGUGUUUGUCCGCAAAUGGAGUCCGUUGAGGGCAAAACUUUGCUCAAGUACAUCCGGAAUUCCAGCUUCAACGGCAGUGCUGCCACCCCGGUUGUCUUUAAUAAGAACGGUGAUGCUCCUGGACGCUAUGACCUGUUCCAGUUCCAGAUGACCAACUCCUCCGUCUCAGAGUAUAAGGCGGUAGGACAGUGGGUGGAGACUCUCCAGCUCAAGCUGGAGGAGCUUCAGUGGCCCAACGGCGAGCAGGAGGUGCCCAUCUCGGUGUGCAGCCUGCCUUGCAAGACCGGCGAGAGGAAGAAGAGGGUCAAGGGGAUGCCAUGCUGCUGGCACUGCGAGCUGUGUGACGGAUACCAGUACCAGUACGACGAAACCUCCUGUAGACUCUGUGCAUAUAACAUGAGGCCCGACCCCAACAGGACCGCCUGUCAGCCCAUCCCGAUCAUCAAGCUGGAGUGGCACUCCCCCUGGGCCGUCAUCCCCGUCUUCCUGGCCAUGCUCGGCAUCAUCGCCACCAUUUUUGUCAUGGCCACGUUUGUGCGCUACAACGAAACGCCCAUCGUGCGGGCAUCGGGUCGAGAGCUGAGCUACGUGCUGCUGACCGGCAUCUUUCUGUGUUACAUCAUCACCUUCCUCAUGAUCGCGAAACCCGACGUGGGCGUGUGCGCCUUCAGGAGGAUCUUCCUGGGUCUGGGCAUGUGCAUCAGCUACGCGGCGCUGCUCACCAAGACCAACCGCAUCUACCGCAUCUUCGAGCAAGGGAAGCAGACGGUCACGGCCCCGCGCUUCAUCAGCCCCACUUCCCAGAUCGCCAUCACUUCCAGCCUGAUCUGCAUCCAGCUGCUGGGUGUGCUGGUGUGGUUCGCCGUGGACCCUCCGAACACCAUCAUAGACUACGAUGAGCAGAAAACCAUCAACCCCAUGCUGGCGCGCGGCGUGCUGAAGUGUGACAUCACAGACCUCCAGAUCAUCUGCUCGCUGGGCUACAGCAUACUCCUGAUGGUGACCUGCACUAUCUACGCUAUCAAGACCAGAGACGUACCAGAAGACUUCAACGAAGCCAAGCCCAUCGGCUUCACCAUGUACACCACCUGCAUCGUCUGGCUGGCCUUCAUCCCCAUUUUCUUUGGCACGGCCCAGUCUGCUGAGAAGCUCUACAUUCAGACGACGACACUGACCAUCUCCAUGAACCUAAGUGCCUCAGUAGCACUGGGCAUGCUGUACAUGCCCAAGGUGUACAUCAUUAUCUUCCACCCUGAGCUCAACGUACAGAAGAGGAAACGUAGCUUCAAGGCGGUGGUCACAGCCGCUACGAUGUCAUCGCGUUUGUCCCAGAAGCCCAGUGAAAGACCCAACGGAGAGGCCAAGACUGAGCUGUGUGAGAACCCUGCCGCUGACCCCAUGAGUCAAGCAACCAAGAAGACGUACGUGAGUUACAACAACCUCAGGAUCUGAUGCGCCGGACGAGGAACGCUGCUUGUUUUGUUAUUUGUGACGGAAAAGAAUAUAAGCGAGAGGACCGCAGGGCGUCCCGGCGCCGCCUGCAGCAUCAGUGGACUCACACCGGAUGGCGGACCGCAUCCCACCUCCAUCCAGACUUGACCGAGACUAGCGUUGCCGCGGGCCGCUGCGGCCGCUUCGGCCUCCCUGUUUGAAGCAAAGUGUGUAGGUAUUGAAGCGGCGGACCCUCGCGGAGAACGAGCCGCCCGCUAAAAGGGGUCACGGUGGACGAGGGCGUCGAGGACAGCGGAUCUGCUUUCAAGAUACUUUCUUUUACAAUGUCAUUAAAGCCAUAUUCUCUUGGGGUUCCCAUUAUCUGAUUUCUCUUCUGUAUUGUUUCAAAGUGAUUUUCUUCUGUGCCUCUAUUGCUCCAAGUACAUCAAAUUACCUUGAACAGCGAGCUCUGCCACAUACAAUAUUUUGUUUUACACAAAUCAAAUAAAAGAAAAAAAACUCAGCCCCACAUGAUGAUUAUAUUUGAGUGACGGGCAUUGUACGUAUAUUUUUUUUGUAAAUAUUUGAGAGUGUAUUUUCAUGUUUGGAGUACAAAACUAGAUAAGCAGUCUGUGUUUAAUGGGAUUUGGAUGGUUACGAAAACGCACCACAAAGUGUUGACUUUGCAUGUGCCAAUGUAUGUCUGUUCUAUUUGAUGUAAGCAAAAAACAAUUUAAAAAAGAAAGAAAUAAAAGACAAUAAUGAUUAUGAGCUUUGGCACUCUCCUACGUGUUGUUUUCUUUACCAGAACUUGUUGAGAGUAUAGAAUAUGGCUUUAAUCUGUCCAUGGAUUGAUCCCCUCUUGUAUGUGCAAGCAUGUUUGGUUUUUUUGUAGCCUUUCCGUUUUGGUACCCAGCAACCAUGUGAGAAAUCAUGAGUAUCGGAGCAACCGUGCAAGUAUGUUGUGAUGUCUGUCAAAUUAUGAAAAUGUAAUAAAUGCAUUUGUAAUCUUUUCUACAAAUGAAGGCGCACGGCAUAUCGCAGUUCUUUGGGCGCAUGUGUGAGUGGCUUCAGAAGACAUCCAGACUGAUGCAUGAGUAAGUGCUGUUAAUCACUGCAGCGUUUAUGUAAAUGGCAUGUAAAGCGAAAACCAAAUGUC